CAUGGCUUGGUACUACGCGGUGGUCCUGCUCGCCUUCGCGGCCUUCGGGGGGAGCUUUGGACAGGACAGUUACGAGAAUGCAACUGCCCUAUGUGUUCCUGCUACCCACAUACCAGUGGGUCUUCAUACGGGAGUGUGUGAACAUGACCAACCAAUGCUUGUAACUCGAAACCGCCAAAUCACUGCAUUUCGGACAGAGGCGCACAGGGUACCAUGCGGAUGGCAGAACACUGACUCAUGUAUAAUGCACAGACCUACUUAUUACCUUGCGUUCGAAGAGGUGAGACAAAUGGAAACGAGGAAGGCGAUUUUCUGCUGUCCAGGCUACACCGGUGACCCUAACACCCAAGCUGGAUGUAGCCCGGUUUGCUCAAAUCCUUGCGCACACGAAGGGAUCUGUGUCGCACCAAACGUCUGUGCAUGUGUUUCGGGCUGGACUGGACCAAGCUGUAACACACCUUGCCCGGUGAAUAUGUAUGGUGUUCAGUGUCUAGAGAUGUGUAGGUGUGAAAAUGGGGGCAUAUGUAACCCAAUGACUGGUGCGUGUCAAUGCCCGGCUGGGUACAGAGGUGUUUACUGCGAGAUACAAUGUGCAGAGGGAACUUACGGUCUUGAGUGCACCGGGCUGUGCGAGUGUCACAACGGCGCAUCGUGUGAUUUUGUUACGGGAGCGUGCUUCUGUUCUCCAGGCUACCAGGGCCAAUAUUGUGCAGCGUUCUGCGACCAGGGUAUGUUUGGUGCUCGGUGCAGCAAAACGUGCCGCUGUUCGCAGAGCGAUAGCUACUGCUACGCUGUUGACGGACGUUGCUCAUGCGGGCCGGGAUACAUCGGGGAGUUCUGCCAAGAUAGGUGCGUGGAGGGCUUGUACGGCAUGCGGUGUGAGUCGCCGUGUCUCUGCGAGAAUGCAGCCACGUGCAAUCAUGUCGACGGAAUGUGCGUGUGCGCACCUGGAUACACUGGGGUCCAAUGUGGGGUUGUUUGUUCUCCAGAUACAUACGGGCGAAACUGCGAGCAACGAUGUCGAUGUCAAAACGGCGAUUGCCACCAUGUGACCGGGGAAUGUUCAUGCUUUGCCGGUUGGAUUGGAGAUGACUGUAACACUCCGUGUUCAGCCGGUUUCUACGGACAGGGUUGCUCAAAGAUGUGUCGCUGUAUGAACGGAGGGGUGUGUCAUCACGUCACCGGUGCAUGCAGGUGUACUGUGGGAUGGCAAGGUGAAUUCUGUGCGGACCCCUGCACAUCUGGGUCAUUUGGUCUCGGCUGUCUCAAAUCAUGCCAGUGUCAGAAUGGUGGCUCAUGUCAUCACAUCGACGGCUCAUGUAUCUGUUCACCAGGAUGGAAGGGCUCUGUUUGCAGUGAAGUUUGUGCUUCAGGCUUCUAUGGACGACAAUGUAGCGAGAGAUGCCAGUGUGCAAAUGGUGCAUCCUGCUAUCACAUCACAGGGGCAUGUCAGUGCACUGCCGGGUGGCAGGGUGAAUUCUGUGCGAGUCCUUGUCGUGAAGGUACUUUUGGUCUUCGAUGCACCGAGAACUGCCGGUGUGAAAACGGUGCGGGCUGUGACCACAUAGAUGGGCAGUGUUCGUGCACUCGUGGCUGGCAAGGGAUGUUUUGUAAUCUACCGUGUGAUCACGGGUUAUUCGGCUACGACUGUCAAACAGAGUGUCGCUGCCAAAACGACGCACAGUGUCAUCAUGUUGAUGGGUCUUGUAGUUGCACAGACGGUUACACUGGUCUUACAUGCUCUGAUGUGUGCACCGCUGGAUUUUAUGGUCGGAACUGUCUCGAAAAUUGCUUAUGUCAAAGUGGAGGUGUUUGCCAUCAUAUCACGGGCAUAUGUAGUUGCCUUGCUGGGUGGAUAGGGCCUGCCUGUGCCCAACCAUGCCCUAUUGGUCGGUAUGGACUUGACUGUUCAACUGAUUGUUUGUGUCAAAAUGACGCCUCUUGUAACAACGUUGAUGGAAGAUGUAACUGUGCGCCAGGGUGGAUGGGAGUAGUGUGCGACCAGCCGUGCAGUCCUCCUUACUUCGGUAUGGGAUGUGAGAAAGUGUGUAGAUGUCUGAAUGGUGCUGCUUGUAGUCACAUCGAUGGUAUGUGCACAUGUGCUGCUGGUUGGAAAGGGGAGCGAUGCGACUUACCGUGUGAUGAGGGCUUCUACGGUUUCAACUGUAACCAACGGUGUCAAUGUGUGAACGGUGGGAUAUGUGAUACUGUGAGUGGAGCUUGCACCUGCCCACCGGGAUGGAGAUUGUUCUGUUCUGAUCCUUGUGAGACAGGCUUCUAUGGUCAAGAUUGCUCGGGCAUAUGUAGAUGUCAGAAUGGUGCUGAAUGUAGCCGUUUCGAUGGUACAUGUGUCUGCUCUUCGGGCUGGUACGGAGCCUCAUGUGACACUCCAUGUCUGCCUGGUACAUUUGGGUCUGGUUGUGAGAAAACAUGUAGAUGUAACAACGAUGCCACUUGUUCACGUUUCGAUGGCAGCUGUACGUGUCAACCAGGUUGGACAGGACGGUCUUGUGAAACACCAUGCACACAGGGCUUCUUUGGAAGGGACUGUGCAUCUCGUUGUCUUUGUGAGAAUAGUGGAUCUUGUUCACCAGUGGACGGAACGUGUUCUUGUUCAGAUGGCUGGAUGGGCCAAUACUGUCAGGACCCCUGCACGGAAUCGAGGUAUGGUCCCAACUGUGUUAAUUAUUGUCGGUGUGAGAAUAGUGCAACUUGCUCCAGAGUAAAUGGUCAGUGUUUUUGUACAGCUGGGUGGACAGGCAGAUCGUGCAAUCAAGAGUGCAACAGAGGAUUCUGGGGUGCCGGGUGCACGGAAACUUGUACGUGUUUGAAUAACGCCAUGUGUUCUCGUUUCGAUGGUUCUUGCGUGUGUGCGGCAGGCUGGACAGGAACCAGCUGUGGUACUGAAUGCCGCCCUGGACAGCAUGGUCCCGACUGCACGCAGCAGUGUCGUUGCUCAAAUAAUGCCCCUUGUAAUCGGUUUAGUGGAGCUUGUACGUGCCCAGCAGGUUGGACCGGCGAUUUCUGCGACCAAGCUUGCUCAAGGGGUCUUUACGGACCAAACUGCGAGAACAACUGCCUGUGUGAGAAUGAUGGAUCCUGCAAUCGAUUCGAUGGAAGUUGUGACUGCCUUGCUGGUUGGACAGGGACUUUCUGUAACAUACCUUGCGAGAUGGACAGAUGGGGUGUAGACUGCCAGAGAGUGUGCAACUGUCAGAACGGUGGACUUUGUUCACGGUUCGAUGGGUUGUGUGCUUGUCAGGAGGGCUGGAUGGGAGACACUUGCAGGAUGCCGUGCCAGGUUGGAUUCUAUGGCGUUAACUGCGAGGGUGUCUGUUCUUGUUUGAACGGUGGGACUUGUUCAAGGUUUGAUGGUACGUGUUCCUGCCCCCCAGGAUUCACUGGACCUUCAUGCGCUCAACGUUGUCCAAGUGGUCAGUAUGGACUCAACUGUAUUAUCUCUUGCAAGUGUGCCAAUCAGGCGUCCUGUUCUGCUGUUGAUGGACACUGUAUCUGUCGACCGGGCUGGACCGGGGACCUCUGUGACGUGCCGUGUCCUCCAUUGCGAUGGGGUGCUAAUUGUGCUCAAUCUUGUUUGUGCAGAAACAAUGCCAACUGCAACCGAUUCACUGGUGAAUGUACCUGCCUUAGUGGUUGGAUGGGCGAGUAUUGUGACACAGCCUGUCUCCCAGACUACUUCGGGGUAAACUGUAACUCAGUGUGCUCAUGUUUGAACGGGGCAGCUUGCUCUCGAUUUGACGGGUCAUGCAGAUGUGGUUCAGGCUGGACUGGAGCUAACUGUGAUAGGCCUUGUGCGGAGAAUUUCUUCGGAGAAGACUGCCAGAACGAAUGCGGUUGUCAGAAUGGUGCAGGUUGUAGCAGAUUCGACGGGUCGUGUUCCUGUUUGGGCGGUUGGACAGGAAGGUUUUGCGAUCAGCCUUGUGAGGAGGGAAUGUUUGGUGUCAAUUGUAACUCUCAGUGUCAGUGUGGGAAUGGAGCAGCGUGCAAUCCUAUUGAUGGAUCUUGCUUAUGUGGGUCAGGGUGGACUGGGAUGGGGUGUCAGACCCCCUGUUCUGAAGAAAGAUGGGGACAAGGGUGUCAGAACAGAUGCUACUGUCAGAAUGGUGCUGUCUGCUCCAGGUUUGAUGGGACAUGUUCUUGCAAAGCCGGCUGGAAGGGACGCUAUUGCCACCUCUCAUGUCUCCAAGGCAGGCACGGUCCUGGAUGCACAUCACUCUGCCAAUGUAGAAAUGGCGCUUUGUGUGACAGAUUCAGUGGACGGUGCAUGUGUACUGCUGGUUGGGAGGGCUCGCUUUGCAAUAUUGAAUGUAAUGAGGGGAUGUAUGGAGUCGACUGUGCUCAGACCUGCCAAUGUCAAAACAACGCGAGGUGCGACAAAGCUACGGGGAGUUGUUACUGCGCCACCGGCUGGCACGGUGAGUUUUGUACAGAAUAUUGUCUGACGGGCACCUUUGGUCCGGACUGUCAAAGUCAAUGCAACUGUUUGAAUGGUGGCGAAUGUGACCGGUUGACGGGGUCUUGUGUGUGCAUGCCUGGCUGGUUUGGUAGGUUAUGCGAGCAGUCAUGCCCACCGUUGAGAUAUGGGGAAGGUUGCUCCAAAGUCUGCAGGUGUAUGAAUGGGGCUUCGUGUGAUGCAAUUACUGGUGCAUGCAGUUGUUUGUCUGGCUGGAUGGGAGCACGCUGUGACAUCCCGUGUUCACACGGGUCCUAUGGAGCAAAUUGUCUGUUGUUCUGCAACUGUGAAAACGACGCACAGUGUUCAAGGUUUGACGGUCAGUGCAUAUGUCCACCAGGGUUCGUGGGCGAUCGAUGCAGCCAGACAUGCUUUCAGAACACCUUCGGACUACAAUGCACGAGCGAGUGUCAAUGUCAGAAUGGGGCCACCUGCUCGACAUUCGACGGUUCCUGUGUCUGUCUGAGUGGCUGGAUGGGGACGCUUUGCCAGGUCCCAUGCGACGAAGACUCAUACGGGCCGUAUUGUACGGGCACGUGCAGGUGUUCCAACGGAGCUUCAUGCUCUCGGUUCGACGGUAGUUGUGCCUGUCAGGCAGGGUGGACGGGUCCGUCUUGCAGCAAUGCAUGUCCGGCUGGCCGCUACGGAACGGGGUGUUCGCAGAUAUGCCAGUGUCAAAAUGGCGCUUCUUGCGACAAAGUGACUGGUGCGUGUACAUGUAUACCAUUUCAAGGAUGGACAGGCCCGUUCUGCACACAGAGAGAGGGCAUGGGUUUCAGCACUAGCCAGAUGCUCUACGGGAGGAAUGUUCAAUGUAGCAGAGCUUCUACUUUCAACUUGAAUGGAUACCACAUGUUCGAAUGUGCAGACAUCAGUGUUGACACUAAGAGGUUUCCCAACCUGAUGACAUGCCGUCAAAUGUGGGUGGAUAGAGUACCCUCUAUGAGCGACCGUUAUUACCAAAUCCGAACGGACCACGUGGAUUUUUGCAUCAACCUCCUAAAGGCAUCAGGGCUGACUGGACGGUUCCAGGACGACGAUGUUUCGAUAGAAGCAUGGUACACAUGCACAGAUGCCGUGGAGUAUCGUAUUCAAUGGAUCAAUGGCGGAUGGCUGUACAAGGAGUCCCAGGACGCCGGUUAUACCAGAGACCUACGUUGCAGAAUCCCACAUGGAAAGCUCGUGCUGUAAGGACCGGGACGAGAACUACACCGGAAAUGGGAGAAUUUGGAACGCUAGAUGGCAGCAGACUUACCAGCUAAACUUCCAUAGACCUUUUCGCAAAUACCGAUUGCGCAAGCACUAACUGUUGAAUGAGGUGCAUUCUAGUCUAGCUAUGGAUCGAAUUUGAUCCCUAACAAACCAGAAUGCACCUAAUUCAACGCCUACUGUGCCCGCCCAGGUAUUGGCGAAAAGGCCUAUAAACCUUAUCGUCAAUACUCGGUACGCGCUCGUUCAGCGUGAAAUGAGCUGCAUGCUGGUCUAGCUAGCGAUCAAGUUUGACUGCUGGCUAGACUAGCAUGCACCUCAACAAUAAGCGCUUGCGCAAUAUUGGUAUUUGCGAAAAGUUUUACUGUUCAUGUAGUUUUGAGCGUGCGCACGUUUACAGAGAACAACUGAUUUACCUGGUGAAUAUGCUGCCACCUAGCGUCUCCAAAGACCCACAUAGACCCCUGCAUGGGCCACCACCUGUCAUGGCAAACAUUCGUGCACUGUGCAUUACUCCCUGCUGAUGAUAUAGACCUAUCUUUUGUUGAUAAACAAACAGCCUUGGUUGGCACGGUCGGCCG